AUUUAUUUAUUUAAUCAUUACCCUAGUCACCCUCUCUCAAAAGAAAAAGAAACUUUGAUUUGUUUUAUUGCAUGCAAUGAAGAUUUUGGAUUAUGGGCACCCAGAAUAAUCCAAAAAAAGCCGCAUCUUUUUUCAUCCCCAAAAUUUGUCAGAGAAGGGAUGUAGGAGGUGUUUGAAGUGUAGGAAACUAGAUUCCACGUCUUUGCGAUUUUACGUGAUUUGAGUUCAUUGGUUUGAUGAGUUGUUUGUGUGAUAGUCGAAAAGGAGAAGAAAUGGUUGAAUAGGUUUUGGUUAUUGGUGUUGUGUUUGUUCAUCGCCUUAAUUUCGAUGUAAGUUGUAGAAGUUGUUUUGAUUUGUUAUCGAUAGUUUAGUUGAUUGAUUUUGUUAGAUAGUUAUUGCAAAAUGGAGUCGAAACACGAAGCGUCGAGUGUGAUUUUAAAAUUGAUGGGACUUGAUAAAGUGGCUUCCCGAUAUGAACCUGUUAGAGAUAGACCGAAAGUUUUGUCGGAGGAUUAUUUGCAGAAAGUUUCUUCUAUUGGUGUUAGAAGGAAGCGUUCUUCUCGUCAGUAUGGUUCAUUAGAAAUGAGUACUGAUGAGAAGGACGGUUCUGACGAUGUUUUGAUGGUGGUGGAAACAUCAGUAAGGAGAGAUAAGAACCAUAACUCGUCGAAGGGAAAUGGAAAAGAGAAUUUAUCGUUCUCUCGAGCUAAGGUAGAAGAUGUGCCACAGGAAACGGGUAUAAAAUCUGGGGAAGGAAAUUUGCUGCUUCGACAGAAAACGGAUAAUAGGUCGCGAAGUGUUGUGCAUGCAAAAGAUGGAUUGAAUGAAACGUUUCGGUUUUCGAAAUUUCAAUUGGAUCAGAAGGAUUUAACUUUUGACUCAAGAUUUUCUGUUUUGAAAGCGAAUCCUGAAAAGGAAGGAAAUGGUAAGAUUAAAAGCAACAUUAGAUGUAAGGUUGGGUUCGGUUAUAGCUUUUCCAGAAACGUGCCAACGACAAAAAGGCUUGCUGAUAAUCGUGGAACUAUGACUAAGGAUGACUUAUUUCAGAAAUAUUGGGGUUUAAGUAAGAACGUGUCCGCAAAUCGAUCAACCGAGAAGUCAGAAGAUAUGAACUUAAAGUUGAAGAAGAGAUGUUAUGGAAACAAUUUGUUCGAAAAGGAACCAAUGCUUUCUCAAUUGUCAAGCUCUGAUACUUCUGCUUUUGUAGACAGUCUAAUCUUGCAACAGACAGACUUAAUGAACGGAGACGUGAAGAACAACGAAGACAGUAACAUGUCUGAGAAAAUUGUCUUCUCUCUUGAUUCAUCAGUUGAUUUCUUGGUUUCUGAUGUGAAGACUAAGGUUGUUGGUUACUCUGAUAAUAGUCCAACCACGAAGCAAUCUGAAUCAACGGCAUCUGUAAGUCAUGCUUCAAAACAACAGGAAACAUUGGAAUUUCAAGAAGAUUCUGUUUAUUCAGUUUCCUCCGGGGCUGAUGCAGAUUCUGUCAGUAACUUCCUCGAGGGAUAUGAACCUAGUCCAAUUUCAGUUUUGGACUCCACAUUUAGCGAAGUAGACAUUUCAAUUAUAUCUGAAUACAGUGCUGAUGGUGCAUAUGAUUCCUCUGAAGUUGACGAUGAAGAACUUGAUUUGAAUGUUUCAAGUGAUGAAGAUUGCGGGAAAGAGUGUAUAGCCGAUUUCGAAGUGAAGAGAGAUAUAGUAGGCUUAUCUAGAACAGAAGAAAGUAGAGACUUCUCCUAUGUUGUCGAGGUCUUAACCGAAGCAGGUAUAUCUAAUGCGAGCUUGUUCAGUGAUUUUUCAACAUGGCACUCUGCGGAAUGUCCUAUUAGCCCUUCCAUCUUCAACACCCUAGAAAAGAAAUUUGGCGAGCAACAACUUUGGAAAAGAUCUGAAAGGCGGCUUCUUUUCGAUCGUAUUAAUUUAGGUUUGUUAGAUAUUCUACAUCCAUAUCUAUACAUUCCAGUGUGGGAAAUGCCUGUGUCAAGAAGAUUGAACACUGAAUUAAGACCAGAUAUGAUUGAGGAUGAGAUGUGGGAAUUGCUUGUUUCGCAAGAAAAGAAAGCUGGAAAGGAGUCGAUAGACGAUAUGCUUGGAGGGGAAAUUCGGUGGAUAGAAUUAGGCGAAGAUGUUGAAGGUUUUGUUAGGGAGGUAGUUAAGGUGUUAAUAGAGGAGCUUGUAGAUGAUAUAGUUAGGUUAGAGAAUAUUUGAAAACUCUAGCUUUGUGUGUGGCGAUAGACUUUUUAUAUACACGAGCAAUUCACGAGCAAGUUUGAAUUGGCGAGGUUGAUUUUGAGUCGAUUUUUUCGAGUUGAUUUUGAGAGGUUAUAGAGUUUGCAUUAGGAUUUAGGUAUUGGUUGAUUAUUGAUUUGUAUGGUACAAUAUUGGAUUUGAUUGGUAUACAAAAAAGAAAAAAAAAAGAAAAAAGAAAGUGCUUGUGAUUUGUAUCCAAAACAAGAAUAAAGGAAAGUGCUUGUGAUUUGUAUUUCAAA